AUGCCAUCUUUCCGCCGCACAAGGGCCUUGUCGAUCCCAACAUUGAAAGCACUAGAAGAACGAAUGCGGGCGUCUCAACCGUGCCGUGCCUCACCUCACCUCACGGAUGCAUGCACCAGGCUCAACUCAUGCUGUGUCUUUGGUCUGUCACAGUCACGCUGUCAAGCGGUCGAGCUGUCAAGCUGUCAAGCUGUCAACAAUAGGCUGUCUGUCUCAAGACCUUUCUCUUUGUUCCAAGCCAAUCGGCGUAUUCACGUCGUCAUGACCUCCGAGAUUGGACAUGUCCCUAUCUACUCCGUACACAGAACCUGA